AUGGGCAAGCACCGCCAAGAGGCUAAGCCCGUCCGGAAGGCAGUGAGACAGAGACGGAUCAAGGAAUACCGUCAGAGUAAGACUACUUCGAAGGACAACGAGUUCUAUAAAAGAGGACUGCAGGUUGAUGUAUCAUCCGAGGACAUUGAGGAGGAGCUUCAGCUCUCGGAGGAGAAACAUGCCAAUUCGUGGUACGAUCCUGACAAAAGAAAAGCCAUCAACCAAGAGUCCCUCGAUACCAACACUGAAAGAGACAGUCCUAAAACUGAUAUAAAGGCGAAAAUGGCGAAAGUGAAGCGCAUCAUACAAAGCUUCAAUGACACUACUGCGUCAAGGGGAAUGAGUAGGACACAAAUUCAAAGCGGGUUGACCCAUUCGCUAGAAUCAUUACUCUCAAUACCUGGGCGCACAGAGGGGGCAAUACAAACUGCCCCCAACGAGACAGAGAAUGAAAUGCUUGACGCAGAGCAGCUUCUCACUUGGUAUGCGCAAAGCCUGAACAAGUGCUACGAUGCCCUCAUCUCCAUACAUGAAUCUCGUUGA